GGGCUGGGGGUGCUGCCUCACCCGCAGGGAGCCUCUUUGGCUGCCUGGGCUGCUUUCCCCGUACCAGCGAGUGGUGCCGCGCUGGUCCCUCACCAGGCUACCUGGAGGGAAACAAACCCCCCGUCAGGGUCUCAGCGGGGCCUUGUUGCAGGCCUGGCCCGGGCCCGCCACUCUGGCCGAGCUGGCUGAAGCCCGCGAUGCUUCCGUGGGAGAGUAGCUCGCGGUUUUCCCUCGAGAGCGCGACUCCGCCCGUGCUGACGACCAGUGGGGUGUGGUUGGUGUGAAACCCCGCCUGCCUGGGGUGUCGCGGUGGCUGGAGCUCGACAGUCCGCCGCUCAGUGUGUGCUGACCCCACGCGCUCAGUGCGGCCGGGACGUGCCGGAGCCGCAGCACGUGCGGUGUGUGGCGGUGCUGGGUGUGUUUGGCCGGCUGUGGGUGUGCAGUAAAUCUGAUACAACCCGGAGUUGCUGAGCUGGCUGUGUUUACCUUCCAGGCGUGAAGCGUUCCGGGUACAUUGGGCUCCUUUGUAUUUUCUGCAGAGUGCGCCGGUCAUGGUUGCGCUCAGAAAAUCCUGGACGGAAUUAUGUGAGAAUAUGUGAGCUGCAAAACUUCUGAAUGUGAGGUGUUGGCAGGGGAUUCUGCCACCGUGUUUGUGUGACUCGCAAGCUGCUCCACCUUCCAUCAGCCUGCACAGUUACAAGGACAGAGCACAGCAGUACCAGAAAGCCCCUUUGAAAGACCUUAUGGUGUAACUGGGCUGUAUAUACAGCACACAUGUUCACACUCAGUAAUUCAAUUACAUUUCUUGCAGGUUUUGAGUUCUACCCUGUUGGGGACCAGGCUCAUUCCUAAAUAGCUAAUCAGAAUGAAAGAGUACCUGUUACUAAAGAUAUAUUGACUUUCAUCCAACCUUUGCUACUGAUAUGUGACUUCUAUAGUGGAAAACUGUAUAAAGUGAUUUUUAAGGGAUACUCAAAAUUCUACAAAUACGGGGAAAAUUGAACCAUUUUUUAAGUAUUGCUGUUUGGCAUGUCAUCCUUGGCUGAAUCACUUCCUGUUGAAUCACAAAACAGGCUAGGGACAAACUUCGUUGUUCAGAAAAUAGUUUGUCUGUUCACAUAAGGAAAAAUUUGGCAGGUUUUUUUGUUGGAAUGAUCAUCUUUGAUCAUGAAUUAGUACUAUUUACCUUGUGGGACUUCUUUUCUGUCUUCAUGGAAGCAGUGAAGUUCUAAGUCUACUUCAGGUCAGUUCUGUGAGCAUAGAGGAAACAAAGUGUUGACUUUGAAAUAAAUUAAUACAAACAGUUGACAGUUUUUUAAAAAAAAGUGAUUUUUUGGAUUGAAAACAAUGGGUAGAAAAGAUGCCUCUACAUCAAGGACUCCUGUUGACCAGUACAGGAAACAGAUAGGAAAACAAGAUUAUAAGAAAACCAGGCCUAUGUUAAGAGCCACAAGAUUAAAAGCAGAGGCCAAGAAAACUGCACUAGGCGUAAAGGAAGUUGCCCUUGUCCUUGCAGCUAUACUAGUAUUUUUGUUGGCUUUCUAUGCUUUCUUUUAUCUUAACAUUUCCAAUGAAGUUGACCUUGAUCUGGAUCCAGAUGAAAACUAGCAGAUGCAAUGAAUCUAUCAUCAAGAUUUCUUCUGCUUCAACAAGACUGCAUAGGAACACACAGUCCCUUCAGCGUGAGACCGUAAACGAUGCCAUUUCUUGCAGUCCAAAUUCAUAAGAAAGUUUUGCAAUACGUCAGUCACUUCUACAUUCUAGAUCUCCAAAAUAAGAACACUUAUGCCUGGCCAAGUGUAUUUGAUUAACACCAAGGCCAGGAGCAACAGUACAAUACAUGAAAUUUAUUGUUUACAUUAUUUUUGUCUCAGGCAGAGAACUUUGAUGUCAAAAGACAGGUGCUAUUAUUAUCAUGGAUAUUCAUGCUGACUUCACAGGAGUGUCUGCCUUGACCAAACUUAGGAAUCAAAGCUUCCUAAUAACCAAAUUAGUUUCCUUUUCCAAAAGAAAACAGAAAUACCAAAUAAAAAGUCUUUUAUUUAAAAUAUAUCAAAACACCCUCAUCCUCCCUCUCCCUUUUAAUCUUUCUUGGGCAUGUGUGCACACGUGCGUACAUGAAGAUGGAAGAAAUUGUAGGGGAAAAAAAUCCUUUUAGAAGCAGUCUGUCACCUUCUAUAUGGACUUAAUUUUAUGUCAUCCCAGAUUCUGUGUGCUCAUAUAUCUGCAGUAAUCUUUUUCAUUCUUUUGCCAACUGUUCAGCACACAUGUGUUCUGUUAGAAAUGGCACCUGGAUGACAGAAGCUCUAACAUUCGCAUAUGCUUCUGAAACACAGUUCUUUGCUGCUGUGCCGUCUGAACUAGUGUAAAUAGAAAGUUCAGUUGAUGUUGGUUUUAAUUAGUAUAUUAGUCUAUUAUUCAUAUAAAGUAAAAAUUGUAUUUUAAUUAUACUCUUCCUGAUGGUUGUGGUAUCAACUUGCUCUACCCGUUAGGGGAAUGUUGUAAAAAAACGUUCCUUUCCAGCUAUACAAUCAUUUUAAUCAUCAAACUAAUGUAAGAAGUUGUAAGUAAUAAGAAAGCACUUUUUUUUCCAGGUGUACUAAUAAUUGGGUAAAUCUUGGCUCCAUGACAUGCUUCAGUUCUUGCAAAGUACCUUUCAAAUUAUGCACUGUAGAUAACAUUUCUGAUCCCUUUGAUAGCCACAGGUCGCUUGAAGGAGUUGGUAUGUCAGAGCAGCUGCAAGGAGCUUUAGAAUUCUGGCUUUAUCCUGUUCUGCUUCGAGUUUGGCAUAUAACUAAGCUUGUGGAUAUAAAGGUUCAGCUUUGAAUCCUUUAAACAUGUGGUCAGUCUUUGUCUGGUUCAGAUUCAGUUUGAUAUCAAGAAAAGCAUAGAGCCAUUGGUGCUGAAUGUGGCAAGGAAGUUAGGCAGACUGACUUCCUGAAAAGUUUUCAUAAUUUUUAAGUUUUAUUAGCGAACUAGCUUCACUUUACCUUUGGUACAAAUUUCAGGGCUGAAUGUUAGGUUUAAUUGCAACUGAGGUAUUUACUGUCUUGUUCCCGAGAUGCCUAAGAUUUCUUGUAGUGAUUUUGAAGACAAAGGGAUACAAAUCACAGCAAAUAUUAUAAUGGAAAAUAUAUUUCUUUUAAAUUGACACAGUCCCAUUAUCACCACUUAAGAAACUUAGAUCAGUACAGUUAAUUUUUAAACCAUACAGUAACUGUGAACAUAUACAUUAUGAGUCUCUAAAGAUUCACUUCUUAUCUGUCAUACACCUUACUCACUUUAUGCAAUGCAAAAAACAACUCCUCUAAAAAUUAAGAGUACAACAGUCUUCCGAGAAGAACACAAAAGAGAAACGUGUAUGUGCAAAUAUUUCUCUUACAGACACAAAAUUCUAACAUGUAUGCAUGCAUGUGACUUAUAGUCUGAUACUACUUGCACACAUGACCACACAUGUAGCAACAUGGUGAAUUUAUGGUGAAACAUUAUCUGACACAUGGCCUAAUUUUCAGUGGAGGGAAAAGUGUAUCACAAGCUGUCUGCUUGGAUGUGACAUGCCUUUCGCUUCACCAGUGCCCCACCACAUGUCACAGAAGCUGCACACCUUUCCCGUUACUUUGCAUUAGCAUUUUUCUUGUUCUAUAAGAUGCUGGAAGGAUUGCUUUCUUAAUCUCUGCAUAGAGCUCUCUGGGUGAUGCAUGGCCUGAGAAAGAUGUGUAGUUACUCCCUUCACACAGGUUGUCUUGUAACCUGCUCUCUGAAUUGGUUAUGAUAACAAGCAAGCAAUUCUUACUGUCAGAUUUAUUAACAUGAAGUUCCUAGAACAGGAAGAUUGCCUUUCCCAUAAUUAUGAAUCAGACAAAAACUAAAGCAUAUAUAUAUUGUGAUUCUAGCAAGUUCCCUGAUGUGCGGCUCAUAAGUCUGUAUUGCCCACAAGUGCCAUAGUUUGCAGUGUGUUUGCUUUGCUUAGAUUAGGCAUUUUCAUUUAUGUGAAAGAUCAUAAACUUGUAGAAUGGAUCAUAGAAUCAUAGAAUGGUUUGGCUUGGAAGGGAUCUUGAAGUUCAUCCAGUUCCAACC